UCUUACAGAAGCGUUGUUACAUAAGACCAACUUUCCCGCGUUUUCUCGUAUGAUGAGCAUAGAAGGAUAAGACAUGGCGAUGUUGUCGGCGAAUUUGUCUUCCUCGAGCUUCAGUUUCGUUCCCUCUCGCCGCUCUCAAACCCACAAGGAGACCGCAAGCGUCACCAGAGUUCGAAAAGAUUCGAUUUUUAAUAAAGCAUCGUUGAGAACGGCGUCUAUCGAACACAGAGAUCAUCAUCAAACCUUAACCGACGCGAACACUCGAUUACGCAGACUCUGCGAAUCAGGCGACCUAGAGAACAUCGUGAAGCUUCUUCGCGCAUCCAGAAAGUAUGAUAUCGACCCGAGAACGCUAUGCUCUGUUCUUCAGCUCUGCGCAGACACGAGAUCGCUCAAACACGGCAAAGAAGUCGAUUCCUUUAUCCGUCGCAACGGCUUCGUCGUAGACUCGAACAUGGGUUCGAAACUCGCGCUCAUGUACACAAACUGCGGCGAUCUGAGAGAAGCGAGGCGAGUGUUCGAUCAAGUCGAGAUCGAGAAGGCUCUGUUCUGGAACAUCUUGAUGAACGAGCUUGCUAAAGCCGGCGACUUUAGCGGGAGCAUUGAGCUGUUUGAGAAGAUGAUGGGCUCUGGUGUUGUGAUGGAUAGCUAUACUUUCUCUUGCGUUUCCAAGAGCUUUUCGUCUCUGAGAAGCGUUGACGGAGGAGAGCAAUUGCAUGGGUACGUUCUGAAAUUAGGGUUUGGAGAGUGUAGCUCAGUGGGGAACUCUCUGUUGGCGUUUUAUUUGAAGAAUGGGAGAGUUGACAGCGCGCGUAAGGUGUUCGAUGAAAUGACUGAACGAGAUGUUAUUUCUUGGAACUCUAUGAUUAAUGGGUAUUUAUCGACCGGUUUGACGGAACAGGGGUUAUACAUGUUUGUAGAGAUGUUGUGUUCGGGGAUUGAGUUUGAUUUAGCUACAGUAGUCAGCGUUUUCGCAGGCUGUGCUGAUGAUUCUUGUUUAGUGUCUUUAGGUAGAGCUGUCCAUGGUAUUGGGCUGAAAGCUUGUAUGAGUAGAGAAGAUCGGUUUUGUAAUACACUGCUUGAUAUGUACUCGAAAUGCGGUGAUCUUGACUCUGCUAAGGCUGUGUUUAGGGAGAUGAGUGAUAGAAGUGUUGUCUCGUACACUUCCAUGAUUGCUGGUUACGCUAGGGAAGGUCUGGCUGGUGAAGCUGUGAAGCUAUUUUCAGAGAUGGAGGAAGAAGAAGGUAUUAGUCCUGAUGUUUACACCGUCACUGCGGUUUUAAACUGUUGUGCACGUAAUCGGUUGUUAGAGGAAGGUAAGCGAGUCCAUGAGUGGAUAAAGGAGAACGAUAUGGGGUUUGAUAUCUUUCUAUCGAAUGCUCUGAUGGAUAUGUAUGCUAAAUGUGGAAGCAUGGGAGAGGCGGAGAUAGUAUUCUCUGAGAUGCCUGUGAGAGAUAUCAUCUCGUGGAACACUAUCAUUGGUGGCUACUCAAAGAACUGUUACGCCAACGAAGCUCUAAGCCUGUUUAAUCUGCUAUUGGAAGAGAAACGGUUUGUUCCUGAUGAGAGAACCGUGGUGUGUGUGCUUCCCGCUUGUGCAAGUCUCUCUGCUUUCGACAAAGGCAGAGAGAUCCACGGUUACAUCGUGAGAAACGGGUUCUUCAGAGACAGGCACGUUGCUAACUCCCUUGUGGACAUGUACGCGAAAUGUGGAGCGUUGUUGCUCGCGCGUUUGCUCUUUAACGAGAUUGCUUCCAAGGAUCUUGUCUCUUGGACCGUGAUGAUAGCUGGAUAUGGGAUGCACGGGUUUGGAAAAGAAGCGAUCGCUCUUUUCAAUCAAAAGAGACGAGAAGGUAUAGAGCCUGACGAGAUCUCAUUCGUCUCUGUGCUGUACGCUUGUAGCCACUCGGGACUAGUGGACGAAGGAUGGAGAUUCUUUAACAUCAUGAGACACGAGUGCAAGAUCGAGCCGACGCUAGAGCAUUACGCUUGUGUUGUCGACAUGCUCGCAAGAACCGGAGACUUGUCGAAAGCUUACCGGUUCAUCGAGAACAUGCCGAUUCCUCCAGACGCUACGAUAUGGGGAGCGUUGCUUUGUGGAUGCAGGAUACAUCACGAUGUUAAGCUAGCUGAGAAAGUUGCUGAGAGGGUCUUUGAGCUUGAACCUGAGAACACAGGGUACUAUGUGCUGAUGGCGAAUAUCUACGCGGAAGCUGAGAAAUGGGAAGAAGUGAAGAGGCUAAGAAAGAGGAUAGGCCAACGAGGGUUGAGAAAGAAUCCUGGAUGCAGCUGGAUAGAGAUAAAGGGAAGAGUUAACAUCUUUGUAGCUGGAGAUAGUUCACAUCCUGAAACAGAAAACAUUGAGGCUCUUUUGAGGAGGGUAAGAGCUAGGAUGAGAGAAGAAGGGUACUCGCCGCAGACUAAGUACGCGUUGAUCGAUGCGGAAGAGAUGGAGAAGGAAGAAGCUUUGUGUGGUCACAGUGAGAAGCUAGCGAUGGGGUUGGGAGUACUCACCUCUGGACAUGGGAAGAUCAUAAGAGUUACUAAGAAUCUAAGAGUGUGUGGAGAUUGUCAUGAAAUGGCCAAGUUCAUGUCUAAGUUAACCGGAAGAGAGAUUGUUUUAAGAGAUUCAAACCGGUUUCAUCAUUUUAAAGAUGGGCAUUGUUCUUGCAGAGGCUUCUGGUGAAAAAAACUGAACUUGCUUCAUGUAAUAAUAAAUUGUACUUAUUUAGCCGGUUUAUGGUUGGACCGGUGUUGUUUUAAUCAUUGAGAAACUGAAGCAAUAGAACAUGAACAGGCUGGAUCUUUUGUUGGAGCCAUACUUGUUCAUGAUGGUAUCAUUGCUUCAAAGGGAAACAAAACCACGUUAUUUUA